CUCUCUCUACACUAAACUUUCUCGCUCUACACUACAUUCUAGGGUUUAUAAUUAUGCUGAUACUAAAAAAUUCAUAAACCGCUUUUCAUAGUAUACCCCACCGCCUUUUGGCGUUUCCUUCUUCUCUUAGCUUAGCUCCGUUUUCUGUUCUCUGGACUCUCGAUUUGGGGCCGGCCGCCGGAUGGAGCGAGGAAGCCCAUCACAGAAGAUGGAUCGUCGUGAAGACGACGACGAUAAGAAUGAGAAAAGGCCCGAUUUUCCCGCGGCGGGGAUGAAGCUGAGGAUCGGCGGCCCCAAGCUGUCUCCGCCGUCUGCGGCGGAGGAGAAGAAAGUCCACGUCUGCAGGUCGUGCAACAAGAUUUUCAGCUCCGGGAAGGCGUUGGGAGGUCACAUGAGCAGCGCGCACGUGCAGGCCAAUAGGGAUUACUCGUACAAGAAGAAGCAGCAGCUCCGCCUCCGCGGCGCGGCGGCGUCCGACGAGGAGGAGGAGGAGUGGGAGGAGGAAUUAGCUAGCCGCCAGUAUUUCAGGGGAAAGGACGGGAAAAUCGUGUGCAUUCUUUGCGAUAAGAAAUUCCCUUCCAGAAAAUCGCUUUUCGGCCACAUGAGAUGCCAUCCGGAGAGAUGCUGGAGAGGCAUGGAGCCGCCGCAUCCGCCGCCGCAGCAGCCACCGCUCAUCCAGUACAACCACCACCGACAUCCCAACAUAAACCUCGAAAAUCAUCAUCAGACCACUACUUCCACCAGCAGCGGCAGCCCUGCAGCAGUGAACCUACAGACACUGCUCUGGAGCUGGUCGGUGAAAGGCCAGAGAGGGCGGUCCCCGAAUCCGUCCGCCUUCUCCUCCUCCUCAUCCGACGAAGUCAAUCCGGUCAACCGCCUGGUCAAUGCAGAUUCCCAAUACCCUCAUCCUUCUUUCAAAAACCCUAAUCCUGAAAUCCCAUCCAAGAACAUUAAGAAUGGGAGAUUCAAUUUCCAGAGUCAGGGUAAAGGGAAGGCCAUUUGGGAGCCCAGGUUCAGAUCCCAGGAGAAAUCUUCCAGCAGCGAAUUCAAUUUCGACCAGAUCCAUGAUGAGGACGAUGACGUCAGCAAGAAUUUCAGCUCAGAAGACGACGAAGAAGCAUUGGGAUUAGCGCUGGUUAGUUUGAAGAACUUGGGAUCUCCUUUUCCAGCUAAGAAUUGCAGCAAUAACAGUAACAAGAAAAGAAGAAUAUGCGAGAAGGGAUCAAUGGAUUUUGAGAUUGGCAGUGGGGAAGACAGCAAUAAGUUCAAAUGCAGCACUUGCAGCAAGUCUUUUACGACUCACCAGGCAUUAGGAGGUCACCGGUCGAGUCACAACAAAUUCAAGGUCACGAUCCAAAACGCCAUUGAUGAUCCUCAAUCCGUUGUUCCCGGUGUUAAUAAUGAUAAUAAUGAUGACGAGAAUGGUGAAAAUGUUGAUGUUGCUGGUAUUCUUGCUAAUAAUUAUCCAUGUGGUGUUUGUAAAAAGAAUUUCCCAACAAGGAGGGCUUUGGGGGGCCACAAGAAGUGCCAUUCUGCUGCUCAUGAGUUCAGCCUGGGGCAGCAGCAGCAGGAGGUAGUAAUGGCUGCUGCGGCCUCUUCAUCCCCGGAGCGAUCCUCGACAACUCCCGUCAUUGUCGUUGAAGAUCGGCCGAAGGUUCUUGCUUUUGAUCUCAAUGAAGUUCCAGACAUUAUGGAUGAUUUGAUCUGAUGAUGGCCUGAUGAGGAUCACAUCCUCAUGCAACAGGUAAAAGUAAUAAAAUUGAAAUGGACCUUUUACAAUUUACAUACAUACUUCUAGCAGCACAGCAGCUUAGUUAGUGCCCAUUCUAGCUAGUCAGUAUAUGCUUUCUUCUUCUUUUUUUACAUCUUUACAAACAUUUAAAUGGAGCACUCAAUUUGAAGCUCUCAGAUUGAGCUUCUUCUUUUGAUAGUGCAUGUUUAGAGUUUAGAUUUAGAGUGUGUUGAAUAUUAU